AUGCCGUCGCUUCGCUCGUCUCUGGCCCUGCUGGCCGCCUCGGUGGCGACAUUCGUGUCGGCUCAAUGCCUGAACACUGUUGCCGCUUACAACCCAAAUGUCCGCACGAUGACUUCGAACAACACAUGGUUCGUCGUCCCAGUCCCCAAGGACACCGCUCUUGCAGCCGCAAAAGAGGCGUACCCUCUGGCAAACCUCCGACUGCUCGAUAUCCAAUCUCAAUCCGACCCAGACUUCUUCCCCAACGGCUUUCCCGAAGGCAUGCACCCAGUUCUGGUCACCAGCGGCUACACCGACGACACUCGCUUGACCGCGCUUCAGAUUGACGGCGCCCUUCUCGUCGGCACAGUCUUCGUUCCUUACGUCGCAAGGGGCAACAGCGACGCUCCCCUCUCGGCCUCGAUCGUGCAAUACCUCGCGGGACCCAACGGUCCUCUCCCGAACGGCCUCGUCCCAACCGUAGCCUCUCCACUGCUAUUUGGAGGCGCACCCGUCCGGCUGGGACAGUUCGCUCCCAAGGCCGCGGCGUACAUGACCGAUGCUUCCGGCACCAACAGCGCGAGAGUGGCGUGGGCCAUCCUCCCGAAUCCCAUCUCCGGACCGGGUGUAUACCCCGAAGCCCUCGACUUUUCGUUCAAGACUGCCGACAGUUCUCGAAUCGGAGCCCGCACGAUCAAGAAGUUGAUCAGCACUCCCAUCCUGCUGCCCAGUGGUCUGUGUCAGCGGAACACGUACUACUUCAACAACGCCACCGCGCUGCCGGUUUUGAGGAACGGACAGGUCACCAUGGGACCGGCUGCGGAUGGUGUUGGUGUGGUGACGGGCAAGUUCAUGCAGGCCAGCCCGGACAAGAGCGGGAUAUACAAGGACGUGGAUGGGUUCAGCGCGUGUGCGCAGAAUGUUGGGAACAAUCCUGAGGAUUGCGAUACCGCGGCGAGGACGGUCGACCCAGCGUCUUUGGAUUGA